AUACUACAUUUUGUGUGAAAUGAAAAUCAAAGAUAAUAAAUGACACGUGCUUUAAAUUCCCCCCAAUCACAUUCCAAGUUAUUGGGAAAAGGGGAAUUUUCAAGUACAAAGUUGCGAAAAUCAUCUUAAUUUCUGCAAAUCAUCAUUUUCCCAACAACGAUCUUCUUGAGUAAUUUCUGCUUGUUUCUAUUCGGAACGUGAACAAUUGAUCAACGAUCGCAGAGGAUUCUAUCUAAUUAGCAAUUAAGGAGAAAAGGUGUGUAAUUUGUUGAAAAAUAUGUCCUCGCCGGACGUUGCUGGAAUCUUGGAUCAGUCAAAGGAGCUUGAUCGUUUACGGAAAGAUCAGGAGGAGAUACUUCUUGAAAUCAACAAGAUGCAUAAAAAGCUACAAUCAACUCCUGAGGUGGUGGAGAAACCGGGUGAUAAUUCUCUUUCAAGGCUUAAGAUGCUUUACGUUCAAGCAAAAGAACUUUCAGAAAAUGAAGUAGCUGUUUCCAGUCAGUUGUUAAGUCAGUUAGAUGCUCUAAUACCUUCCGGGCCUCUUGGACAACAAAGAAGAAGGAUGGAAGGUAAUGAACAGAAGAAGAAAAGAAUGAAAGCUGAUCCAGAUGUACCCAGGCUUUCUCCGUCUCUUCGUAAUCAUCUUGAUCAUCUUGCAAACUUAAAGGGCGAACAAGUUGCUGCUAGGGUCACACAGGAGGAUGAUGACAAAGACGAGUGGUUCAUCGUCAAAGUAAUUCACUUUGAUAGGGAAACACGAGAAUUUGAAGUUCUUGAUGAGGAACCAGGUGAUGAUGAACCAGCUGGCCAGAGAAAAUACAAGCUGCCAAUGUCACAUAUUAUACCUUUCCCGAAGCGAAAUGAUCCAUCUACCGCUCAAGAUUUCCCACCUGGAAAACACGUAUUGGCAGUUUAUCCUGGAACCACUGCUCUGUAUAAAGCAACUGUCGUGAAUACUCGCAAGAGGAAAACUGACGAUUAUGUUCUUGAGUUUGAUGACGACGAGGAAGACGGAUCCUUGCCUCAGAGGCACGUGCCCUUCCACAAGGUAGUUACCCUUCCUGAAGGGCAUCGCCAAUGAAAUAAAAAGGACGAUUGAUCACAUAAGCAGGAAGUUAUUGUGUCGUUGUAUUUAAACUCUUGUAUCUUGUAAUAUAAUCUAAAACCAAAUAGGUAUCAUUUCUUUCUUUAUGUUUUUAGAAUGAAAUGAAGUCCUUUUAGGUUUAUAUUUUCUUAAA